AUGUAUCCUUCUGGUUCGGGGUCUUUUUCUGGCUGUCCUGGAGUCGUUCGGAAAGGUGCGGAUAUAUCGCUAGAGGGACUGAAUGAAUGGAGAAUUCAAGAGAUCGGAUACGACGGAGUGGAGAAGUACAUCAGGCUGGUAUUUAUGUGUUUUAGACCGCCUUCCUUUUCCGACAACGUUGGAAAAUUGGCCAGAAAAGUUGAUUGGAAGAAACUCAUAGGAUCUGACGCUGUUUACGAUAAUCCAAAUUCCGUGAUAAACGAAACUGAUGAUGAAAAGGAUGUUAAAAUAAUUCGAAUCCUCCACGACUUUCAUCAUUUACAGAGCGUAGAAGUAAGGCCAGUAGUUGUCGAGGAGCGUGUGGUGCCAGAGGCAGGGCCGUGGCACAAUGUAGCAAAAUUUCUGCAUGAGUCUCUGCAGCAGCUUAACGUACUGCUUGAUAACCUCGCUAUUAUGCGAGCAACGGAUUACAUGAAGCCGUUGACAAUCCUCGAUCCAAUACACGCAGAAUCAGGACCUAUGCUUGCUGAAAGUACUGCUGCCAGCAAGGCGACGCAGUGGGCAUUAUUAGAAGCGAUGAGUGUACUCGAAUUGGCACAGCGCCUUCGAAAUGUUGAAGUGGAGGAUGAGGUGCAUCAACAAAAGAGUCAAUUUUUUAGCGAAUUGACGAAGAUGCGAGAAUACUGGAGAGUGAGGAAAACCGGAGAUCACAUUUAUGGUGAUCUUGGCUAUCAUAUAUUUGGAUCGAAAUAUAAUCCUCGAGAGCUGUUUGACAUUUCGAGAGUGUCGAUUCCUCCUGGAACAUCAUUCGACUCGAACACUUCCGUGUUACAGGUUACUGUGCCUCGUGAUCUUACUCGUCGUUCUACACUAUCUGUUUCUAUUGUCAAAGACGAUCAUAUGAACCGCGAUUUAUUCGCCAGCUUAGAUGACUAUCAAUUCGAAUACAUGAAGGUGGCCAGUAGUAAAAUCGAAUCUAUUCGAUGGACUAAUGCAUUGACAUGGGCACAAGAGACCUUAAUAUGCAAGGAUAUUUUCAAUACGCUGUGCUCUGACGCUGUUCAAAUGCGAAAUAGAUUGUCAACAAUACGGGAUGGAGUGUUACUUGUUAGUUUGUACAACGAUUAUCUUCUUCGAGUUGAACUUAAAUACCAUCCUUUUAAAGAGGGAGAUCUUCCAGAAGAGGGAUGUCCUUAUCUAAAUCGGGCACUACGAGAAAUGAUGGUGGCGCAGGAAUGUACUCGUUGGAUGCGUCCACAGAUAGCAAACUACUACAUUCGUGUGACUUCUACUUCUGUUUGUUUGGUCUCUAAAGAAGGGCAUAGUAUGGACUGUUAUCGCGACCCACAUCAAUUGAUGUAUGCUCUCAAAUAUAUGGCUUGUACGUUUUCGGUGUCGUCUAUUUCAUCGUUAGGAAAGGCAAUGUGGUUUUAUCAGCUUCUACACGCAAACAUGAAUGCAACAGAUGAAUAUGGCCGGCCAGCGCCAACUCUCUACAUGUUAAAUCCUGACGCAACAAUGUGA